GCGUCAUCGCGGCGCGCCCUGCGCCGGGCCGGGCGGCGGGAGCGGGGCCGCGCCCCCCGCGCCAUGUCGGCCGAGAGGCGGACGCGCUCGGGCCGCGGCGGCGAGGGCAUCAAGUUGUCAGCAGAGGUCAAACCAUUUGUUCCAAAGCAUGCGGCGGUAACUGUGGCAUGGUCAGAACCCUCAGAAGCAUGUGUCUUUCCUAGGUACUUAACUACAUGCUACCCAUUUGUUCAGGAACCAUCUUUGGAUAAUGUUCUGGGAGAUCCUGCCUUCCGUGAAUACUCCAGCUGCUCUUUCUCACCUGAUGUUGUUGCAAAUGUGUAUCCAGUAGCUGGCUCACAGUAUCAGUCUAACAACUCAACACACUAUAAUGGUUCAGGAAUAGUCAGUGAAUCUGCUGAGCAAACAUAUCCAGUCAGACAAGAAAGUAAGAGUCUUUCAAAGCAGAGGAGAUCAAAAGAAGGUGAGAAAAAACUGGACAAGAAAAAGCAUGAUGGAGGUGAAGCGUCUGUCAGAAUUGUGAACAGGACUUCAUUCCAGAUGUCUACAUGCAGCAGAGAUUCCGUGAAGCCAGACAGGUUUAAUAAAGCUACAAACAAGAAGUCAACUGAAACUCCAAAACCAGAGUCUCAUCCUGUACCCACAUUUGAAGCUAGCAUUUUGGAUUUCCACAAGUCGCAGAGUUUGGGAAGCAGUGAGAUACUGAACGUACACCAUAAAAAUACACCAGAAGAUAUUUCUGCAAAAAGCAAAGCUUCACCAAAAGCUUCAGGUGAAACCGGAGCCAAUUUAAUUCCCUCCGCACUUGAUGGGAGGGCACCUGCAGAUGGCUCUGCUCAGCCACAUGUGUCUUGGGCCUCGGUACUUUUGCAGCCCCCAAAGAAAAUUGUUUCAUCACCAGCAUCUGAAGAUCUUUCCAGAGGCAAAGGGAAGCAAGAGAGUGAACCAAAGCAGUCAGAAACAAAAAAUAUUGCAAGUGAAACUGAGCCUGAAGAAGGGUCAGAAAAGAAGAAAAAAAAGAAGAAAAAGAAGAAAAAACUAAAGUCACCCCCUGAUGUAGAAAGACCUCAAAGUGAAUCUAACACAGUACAGGAACCACCGAAGAUUGAGGAUGUUGAAGAGUUUCCUCAUCUGGCAGCUGCUUCUGACAGGAGAAACAGGGUAGGACCUCAGAAAUCAUCCUUUACAUCUGCAGUCAGAAAGCAGUCUGAAAUCCAUCUCUCUGAAGAGCCUUGUGAUAUUCAGUCUCCCUCUCUGGAUGAAACUCCCAAGGUAGAUGGACUGUCAGGGAAACAAGCUUCAUCUUCUGUAUUAGUAGAAAGAAAGAAAACUCAGGAAGCAUCCAGGAGCAGUGGUAAGAAGAGUCAAAUUCCAGUGCAGUUGGAUUUGGGUGGCAUGCUUGCAGUCUUGGAGCAGAAGCAGCAAACAGAGAAGUCAAAACAGUCUCCUAAACCUGUGGUAUUUUCAGUUGGUGGUGCUGUACCAAUGCUGUCUAAAGACCCUGCUACCGCCACAAGAAGUCACCGUUUAAACCAAGGAAAGAUGCCUCAUAAUCCCUUGGAUUCCAGUGCUCCUUUGGUAAAGAAAGGGAAACAGAGAGAAGUACCUAAAGCAAAGAGACCAACACCUCUUAAAAAGAUUAUUCUGAAAGAAAGAGAACAAAGAAAACAGCAGCACCUGUUAGAACAGAAAGCAGCACCGAAAGAUGAAGAUAACAUUUGUCAGACAGAAGGAAAUGUUACUGAAAAUGCAGCACUUCUACUGGAGAGUCAAGCAGCUGUUCCGGAAGCUCAAGUUGCUGAAGGGUUUCCAGAGCACACGGGGAUCAAGGAAUCUAAAGAAGGUUCUGUGACUACAAAGCAGCUAAUUGCCACUCUUCCAAAAAUCCACAGCAGGAAUUUUAGAGAUUACUGCAGCCAGGUACUUAGUAAAGAAGUUGACAGUUGUGUGACAGAUCUCUUAAAAGAACUGGUUCGUUUUCAAGAUCGCUUGUAUCAGAAAGACCCAGUAAAGGCCAAGAUAAAACGCAGGCUUGUUAUGGGUCUUAGAGAAGUUCUGAAACAUCUGAAGCUGAAAAAACUGAAGUGUGUCAUCAUCUCUCCUAACUGUGAAAAGAUUCAGUCAAAGGGUGGGCUGGACGAGACCCUACACAACAUUAUUGACUGUGCCUGUGAGCAGAAUAUCCCGUUUGUUUUUGCCCUUAAUCGCAAGGCCCUGGGCCGCUGUGUGAACAAAGCAGUGCCUGUGAGUGUGGUGGGAAUUUUCAGUUAUGAUGGGGCUCAGGACCAUUUUCAUAGAAUGGUACAGCUGACAACAGAGGCUAGGAAGGCCUACAAAGAUAUGAUAGCGGCUUUAGAGGAAGAAGCUAAAGCAGGACUAAGAGAAACCCAACCCAGCAUCUUAACUCCUGAAUCUGAAAAAAAUGGCUUGUUAGAAACUUGUAAAACAUCUUCCAAGGACUCAGAUGAGGAUGUACCAAACUACAUUAAAGUCUGGAAGAGAAAGCUUGAAGAAGAAUAUAACCCAUAUGCACUAGAAUUGGAAAAGAGUGCAACUGCUGACAUGGGCAUACUGAAUUUGGAAGACCAUCAGUAAAUCCAGAUCCAGCUCUAUUGAGCUUUUAUUUUCUUUUUCUGUUAGAUCCCUAGGAAGAAGGUAGCAAAAAUAACAUAAUCUAAAGAAAUAUCUGAAGUUAGCUAAGCAAAUUGUUCUGUAUCUCUUUAAGCAAAAUAUACACUGGAGCAUGUGAGGCACUGGUUAAUGUUUUUAUGUUUCUCUGAUUAUUAUAGCAGAUGACAACACCAAAUUGUCAUAACCCCAAACCACUUGAACUGACUUGGCAUACUUUAAUGAUUUUAUGGACUAGCAUUGAUUUCUUGGGGGAGAAUAUACCAAAAGAAUCUGAUAGAAAAAUAAUUUUCUUCUGGAAGAGAUUCCUUGAGCCAGAAGAGACUGAAGGAGAGUUGCCCUUAAUUUUUAACUCCUGUAUAAAAACUUCAGCUGUUGUUUGAUUGUGGGUUUGUUCUUAGUUUUUCUUCUAAAUAAGCCUGCUCAGAAGGGCAGGCUGCUAUCAAUGUCACUUUAUUCUAGUCAGCAACAAAUUAAUUUGAAGCAGGUAGCUUGAUUUAAACUAAUUAAGGAAGGCCAUGAUGACAGAGUUCCUAGUUAGCUCUUUUGUGUUGUUCUUUGGGGAUCAUACAUCAGGUGUGAAGGAGAUAGCACAGACUACAAGGGUCUGAAAUUCCUUUAGUGAAUGUGCUCUGUUUAGACUUUUUAUAAAUUUGAUGUUUCUGUUGCUACUGAGAGUAGUUUGUCAUACAUCUUGCUUUGAAGUUAAAGGAUAUUGCAGGACAGCAAAUGUGGUAGCCUGCUUAUCUGUACUUUCUCCUUGCUGAGACUCCUCAUUCCUUCAGUUUGGGGUUGUGUUGGUAUGUACAUCUCUGAGUUUUUGAGCAAUCCCAGUUUGUAUCUAAAUAGAAAAAAUUUAUAUCUUAUAAGAAAUGAAGUUUGUAUCAUAGAGGAAAUAAAAUUUUAAAAACAAAAUGUGCUUAUAGUAGUGGUGGAGCACCUUAGUGGAAAUGGCCUAUAUGCACACUGUUUUUUGAGGACAAGCCUAAGGAAAGUAAGAGAGGGGAUGCACCUAUAACUUGUGUCAGCUUUUCUGAAAGGUGAUACAGAUGCCAUAUCCUGCUCAGCAUCUCUGAGGUGUUUCUGCAAGCACUUCACCAUACUGAUUAUUCGUAGUGCAAUACUUUGAAAGUAGCUGCCUUGUGAUGAUAGAAGUGAUAUAAAGAACUUCAAAUAAUUUUGAAAUGUAAACAGUUUUGUAGACCAUAAAUUGUAUAAAAUCUGUUACAAUAUAUUCAUUCUAUAAAGAAUGCUUGUGACUUAA